ACUUCAUCUUUGUGUUCAGUCAGUUGUUGGGCGCCGCCACGUUUGGACGUUCUCUCUCUGUUUCACCUGCUAGUUACAUCGUGUUAUUUCCGUGUGGCCACGUUACAAUAUUCAAGCCAUUAAAGAACAGCAUCGACAACAACAACACAGAAAAGGGGACACACCUGUUCUUGUAGCAAAGCUAAAUCCGGCAAUGUGGUGACGACACAUUUUUUUUUGUUACCGGCAUUCUUUUUUACGUCGAAACAGCAGGGUGGAAAAGAGGAGAACAGUGGGUGCGGAAGUGGGGUUGAUUGUUUGACGAGACGCAGUAAUAGAAAAUGAGGCAGCAGGAGCAUCAACAACUGAACGAAAUGGAUAACAACGACCGGAAACGUGGCGAAACGACGUCGCUCGACGCUACGCAUCAACACAAAGCUCCCGUCAAGGGACGGUGCAACAACGAUCCUCUACCGCUACCUCAUUGCGAUUUAAAUUUGAAGUUUGCAGAAGAUACGAAUAGGAUCGACGAGCGAGCCUCGCCCACAUCCAUGUCGAUUGAAAGUAGCCAAGAAACGGUCCGACUUCCGGCCACUUUCGGAGUGAAAUUCUUGGGCAAACGAGAAGCGAGAGGACUUUGGGGUAUCAAAUACACACGGAAACCUGUCGACGAAAUGGUAACACAGGCCAAAUCCCUGAAACCGGGCACAUCACUGCCUCAUCUUCACUUCAAAGUCGACUCGACUGGUGUUACUGUCAGCGAGAUGCCCGACAACCGUUCACGCGAUUUCGAAACUGGCUUCUACCCUGUGGAUAUCAUUUCCUACGGCGUCCAGGAUGUUGUCUACACGAGAGUGUUUUCGAUGAUCGUCGUUCGGGAUACGACGGCCAUCUCUCCUUCGGUGCUAAUGGGCGGCACAGCGGCUCCGUUCGAAUGCUACGCCUAUGUCUGCGACAGCCGCCAAAGUGCCAGGACGCUGACAAUCGCCUUGGCGACGGCCUUUCAAGAAUUCAGCAAGACUGUCCGGAAUCAAAAGACGAAGCACAAACGCAUCGCCAUCGACUUACGCACGCCAGAGCAAAUGGCCGCCGAAUGCGAGGAUCAAGAAACAGAAGCGUAAAACUUUUUUUUCCCCUCAUCAUUUUAUCUUUUAAUUGCUCUCUCCCCCCCCCCCUCCUUUUUUGUUUCUUUCGCGUGUGACUUUUUUAACGUUUCUCCCAAAUUCCUCCGGUGUAGAAUUUUAUUUGAUUAUUCGGUGUAAUUUUGGAGAAUUAUACUGUAGGAGAAGUUUGUUCAUAAAUAGUUUAGUAUUUA